CAGUCAAUAGGAGUGUAUGGCAUGUCUCAUUUGACUGGAUUGCUGUUAAAGCAGCACUAGUUCUUUAGUUUUAUUCUUUUAUCUUUUGGUUCAAGCUGAUACGUCGGUUGAUAGCUUCCUGGAAUCACUGGGUCUCGAGAAAUACUCGACCUCAUUUCAAGUGGAAGAAGUAUGUAAAUCUAUUUACUCUUUAGGUUAAUUUAUGUGUUCUCUUCUUAUUGUGUUCUGUCUUUUUUUCCAGGUUGAUAUGGAUGCUCGAAUGCAUAUGACAGAUGAUGACCUCAAAGCUCUACACCAAUGGUAAAAUCCAUUAUAAACUGCUACAUGAUUUGUUUUCACCAUGCUUUUAAUUUUAGCUUGACUUACUAGCUGUGUAGAACAACAGUCCUUAAAUUCAGUAGAUUCAUGAUACAAUGGCCACUAAUAAGAUAAUAUGUAUAAUGCAUUCAUCACCAUGCUUAGAUUUGAGUUCUCUGUUUGACAUCCACUUGCUAUGUCUUUACAAGGUGUGUUCGUUUUUGCUUUCAGGCCCGAGGAAGAAGAUACUUCUUGCUUUGGGAUCUAAACGUGGAUAGGUUUGCGUCAAGCUUAGGGUGAAUGAUCGUCAGAAAGGGAAAGGAUCAUGCACUUGUGCUUGUCAUUGACCCUUUUCUUUCUCAUUAUAUGUAUGUCAAGAGACAAAAGUAGGUAGAUUUUGAGAUUAAAACAGUUAUAACACAGAGAAAAGCACUGAUAUUGAAAGAUUGAAAAGGAAUGUUGGAAUGAGAAAAUAAAUUAAGCGUUUUGAGCUUUGGAUAUUAUUUCUCUUGGGGACAAUAUGACCGAAGCUUUGCUAUUCAUAUUCUACUCUGGUCUAAAUCAAAAACAAAAGCUAGAGUGAACACCAGCCGUCUUAGCUCAGUGGUAGAGCGCGUGACUUUUAAUCCCGUGGCCGUGGGUUCGAUCCCCACAGACGGCGUUGGCUUCCAAUUAUUUUUAAACCUCCACUUGGUAAUUUGUCCCUUGUUACAUUUUUUUUUUAUUUUGAACAGCUAGAUUAUCAGCAAAAAGUCCAGCCAGGGUAUCAACCUUUUGUUCAGAAACCAUAACUGAAAACGAAAUAUCUGAUCCAUGGGAGACCAUUGUUUCAAGCUUUGCACCUUUGUUCUGAAUCUCUAACAAGGCUCAUGAGAUUGGAGAAGAGUCAUAGUGGCGGGAGUCCUUUCCCCAUCUUCACCUGGUCAAGGCUUUAAUUAAAGUUUCAAGAAUUUACAUUUUUUUGUAUUUAAUUAAAAUAUUUUAUUCGUCUAGAAAUAUAAACCAAAGCCAAUUUGCGCGCCGUCUUUGGAGUUGGUGAGUAUCGACGACCAUUUGGGAUGUUUGUCUGAUGUUGGACAUAUGUACCUAAACACGCGUGAAGCACGUCGUAUGUUAGACAUAUUCAUCAAUCAUUCGUCAAAAUGCAAAGCAAGUUAAGUCAACGUAGAAACAGUCGUUGUUUUACCCAAUCACAAGAAAUACAAGUCAACUUUUAUGUAUCGUCAACGCCUUCGUGUAGACACGUCUCUUUAUAUUUAUGCAUCUCUCUCUUUCUCAAAAUAAUCUUUGUUUCAGAGCCAUUGAAGGAGUUCGUCUUUUUUUGGCAGCUAGAGAUUAACAACAUGGCAGCAGUAAGUCAACGGGUCUAAUAGCUUUCUGUGUGUUUCACUUUGUGUGUAUAGAUAGUUAAUAUCAAAUAUGCCUUUUAAUCUAUAGGAACAUCACAAAUUUAAUUUUGUUUCCUUAAUAUCAAUAGGUUUAGUGGGAUUAUGAUUAGCAUCCAUAGAGAUUUCUGUUUCUUGUGCCUUAGAUUUAUGUCUCAUGCUUGCAAUUUAAAUGCUCGUCUUCAAAGACAUGUCUUUUGGUUCCUUGUGGUUACAGAAUCGUCCACACGUGCCCAAGUUCGGAGACUGGAAGGAAGAUGUUCCAUUCACGGUGGUGUUCGAUAAAGCGAGUAGGACGAAGCAAAAUGCAAACAUGUCUAAUCCCAACGAGUAUCCAAAUAUGAAUCCAAGUCCUGCGCAAACUCCGAAUCAUAGAUAUGACCAACCACCAAACCACAAUGCAAGACCAAGACACGAAAGAUUCAGUAGCAGAGAAGAAACCGAGUUCAGAUCGUCUCCUGCACAUAAUGAAAGAAACAACAGAGUCAAAGCUCCUCCUCCAGCAGAAACGUACAACCAUCAAGCAUAUGGUGGUGGAGGUAGGUCACAUGGAAAUCCAUUUGAACCAAAUAGACGUCAACUACAUGAACCUCCAAGGGUGCAACCGAUACCCAAUCUUAGAGGUCGGAACAGUGAACGGGUCGCAAUUCCGCCGUUUCCAGGAUCGGGUUCGGAGAAUCAGAGUUACACACUCAUCUUUGACAAAGUGAAGGAAGACAGGAGACAAAGUGGGAAUGUGAGGUCUUACAAUGGAUCUUCUCAUACCACCCCGACUCGACCACUCAACGACCAACGUCACCAACCGCUACCUUCUAGUCCCAAGAGUUGCUGCUUCCCUCCAUGGGGCCGCAAGUGAGGCAACUGAAGAUAAUUCGUUUCUUCUUUUUCAUCAAAUUCCUUGUUUGUUGUUUGCUUCCGCAUAAUUUUUUAUUUGCUGUUACGUACUACUCUUUUGUGUUUAUCUUUUUUAUCUCGAUUGAAAACACUACAAUUUCGUCUCCAUUAUUGUUAUAUGAGUUGCUUGGUAAUGCUUUAGGUUAAA